CAUGUGUUUAUCUCUCUCAAAGCAUUCUAGCUGGUUCGGUUUAGCCACAGCUAGGACCUAUCAAGCUUUGGAGAUUCCAAUCUUGUCAAAUCGCGAUGUUCAAUCGCGCUUUGAAAUGGUGCCUUAAUAAGUCCGACCUACGCCAAUAGGCGAUUCAGAGCUCAGAAAAUGGAAGGUGGAGUGAAGGUUAGUGUUGAAUAUAAAGCUGAGCCAAGAGAUGCGUACAAGAUUGCUUACCUUAUUCAUUUCUUGCUGGGAGCAGGCAGUUUGCUACCUUGGAAUGCAUUCAUAACCGCCGUUGAUUACUUUGGACGUCUCUAUCCGACCAAGCAUAUUGAGAAGGUCUUCUCUGUGGCCUAUAUGAGCUCUUCGUUGCUCGUAUUGCUCGUGAUGAUGAGCUGGAGUAACUGGUGGGAGAAGAUGAGUCCUCGGCUGAGACUCAACUUGGGAUUUUCUCUGUUUAUUCUAUCGUUAAUGGUAGCCCCAGUUACGGGCUGGCUUUCGCGCAGUUCUGCGCUGAGUAGUGGGAGAGCUAAUGCGGAUUAUGGUGUGACAGUUGCAUCAGUUGUAGUUUGUGGCAUAGCCGAUGGCUUGGUAGGAGGAAGCUUGAUGGGAUCCGCCGGCAAGCUUCCGAAAAAAUACAUGCAAGCUGUUUUUGCAGGAACUGCUUCUUCAGGUGUGAUAAUUUCUCUGCUGAGGAUUUCAACCAAAGCAAUGCUUCCACAAACCCCGAAAGGACUACAAACAAGCGCGAAUUCGUACUUCAUCGUCAGCACCAUAUUCCUCCUGUGCUGCAUCCUUGCCUGCAACUUGUUAUACAGGCUGACAGUCGUACAGGAACACUGCAGGCUUGCUCAAGACGAACCCUUUUGCGCAAGACCAAAAUUUUGGGACGUAGCACGUAAAGUCCCCAUGCCAGCUUUUGGGAUUUUCGUAACGUAUACAGUGACUCUGUCGAUUUUCCCUGGAUUUAUCGCCGAAAGUCUCGAAUCCAAGCUUCUUCAAGAUUGGUAUCCUAUUUUGCUGAUCACAGUGUACAAUGUUGCAGAUUUAGUGGGAAAAUCGUUGACUGCAGUUUAUCUUCUAAAAAGUACUAAAAGGGCAACAUUGGCUUGCAUUACAAGGCUCCUAUUCUAUCCAAUCUUCACUGCUUGCCUCCAUGGACCUCCAUGGCUGAAAGCUGAAACUCCAAUGGUGGCUCUCACAUUUAUGCUUGGACUGACAAAUGGUUAUCUGACAAGUGUUCUCAUGAUGAUAGUUCCGAAAACUGUGCCGGUUUCAGAAGCAGAGCUGUCUGCAAUUGUAAUGGUGGUGUUCCUUGGAGUUGGCUUGGUUAGCGGUUCAGUUCUCGGGUGGUUCUGGAUUUUAUGAGGUUCCAUUGUUAGAAAUGCUAAGAACCCUGUCAAUGCAUAUGUAAGUCGUGACUUUGUAUCAAGUGUUUUCGUAGUCCUUUGACUUAGCCCUGGUGUGCAGUUCAGUAGUUCUGCUCAAAUGAAUCGAAAACUUGCCUCUGCCA